AUGUUAAGCAAGCCCGAUGACCGAGUUUUCACUCAAUCAGAUGAUUUAGAAAGCUGGUAUCAAUCAUUUUUGCCGGUAAACACCGCAAAUUCGAAUGAAGCACCGCGCAUAAUAUAUGCAUACCGCAAUGUGGUUACUGGUUUUGCUGCCAAAUUGUCUGCUGCGGAUGUCAAAGCCAUGGAAAAGAAGGAUGGCUUUGUGACUGCCAGGCCUCAGAAAGUAUUGUCUUUACAUACAACUCACAGUCCUAAAUUCUUGGGAUUGCAACAAAAUCUAGGUUUUUGGAGUGGCUCAAAUUAUGGUAAAGGUGUGAUUAUUGGAGUUAUAGACUCUGGAGUUUUGCCGAACCACCCUUCGUUUGGCGACGAAGGAAUGCCACCUCCACCUGCUAAAUGGAAAGGGAAAUGUGAACUCAAUAGCACUUAUGCUUGUAAUAACAAGCUCAUCGGUGUAAGGAGUUUUAUCAGCGAUUCAGAUGAGACACAGGUGGACGAAGAUGGCCAUGGCACUCACACAGCAAGCACUGCCGCUGGAAACUUUGUGAAAGGGGCCAAUGUGUUUGGCAAUGCCAAUGGCACCGCAGUUGGCGUAGCACCGCUUGCUCACUUGGCCAUUUACAAAGUAUGUUCGUUUGACUGUUCUGAUAGUGACAUAUUAGCUGGAAUGGACGCUGCUAUUGAGGAUGGUGUUGAUGUGCUUUCCAUCUCCCUUGGUGGAUUUUCCAAUCCUUUCUCCGGAGACAGUGUUAUCGUUGGUGCAUUUACUGCAAUGCAAAAAGGCAUUUUUGUGAGUUGCUCGGCUGGUAACUCUGGUCCGUUCAAUUUCUCAUUAUCGAAUGAGGCCCCGUGGGUUCUCACCGUUGGUGCAAGCACUAUUGAUCGAAGCNACAAAAAGAAAACUAUACUUUCAAAUUGA